GCUGGAGAGGGCAGGUUUCCCUUUAAGAGCUCUGAGCCAAGAACUGUUGGCUCAGUUGCUCAGGAGAAGCAGGAGAGAGACUGGCCUGAGCUUUAUGCAGGGAAACCACACAUCCCAGAGGAUCUGCCGGAUCAGAAGCAAGGAGGGAGGGCGGAUCUUCUGGGGCCCCACAGAAUGUUGAGGGUCUUCAUCCUCCACGCGCAGAAUGUCCAGACUCCGGAUACGGACAUCAGUGACGCUUAUUGCUCGGUGGUGUUUCAAGGGGUGAAAAAGAGAACCAAGGUGAUCAAGAACAACGUCAACCCAGUAUGGAAUGAGGGCUUUGAGUGGGACCUGAAAGGGAUUCCGAUAGACCAGAAUGCGGAGCUUCAUGUUGUGGUCAAAGACCAUGAGACGAUGGGCAGAAACAGGUUCCUGGGCGAAGCCCACGUGCCGCUGCGCGAUGUCCUUGCGUCUCCCCACCUGGCUGCCAGCUUCAACGCUCCUUUGCUGGAUGCUAAGAGGCAAAGCACAGGGGCUUGUCUGAUCUUGCAAGUCUCCUACACUCCGCCUCCUGGGGCUGCUCCUUUUUUCCCACCCCCUGCUCCUCCCGAGCCAAAUCCAACUCCCGUUGAGCUGGACACCAUGACGGACACAGCUGGAGAAGAAGAGGCUGAAGACCUCCUUGGGACCGGUGAUGAAGCUGAGCCUUCCACGGGGCCUUCAGCAUCAGAUCAACCUUCCCUGCCCAAGAAGCCACCAUUGCACAUGGUCCACGGGACGAAGAAGAAGAAAGGCACUGCCAAAAAGCUCCUGUCCAACAAACCCCAGGACUUCCAGAUCAGGGUGCGAGUCAUUGAAGGGCGGCAGCUUCCUGGAGUCAACAUCAGACCUGUAGUGAAAGUCACGGCUGCUGGGCAGACAAAGAGAACACGGAUCCGCAAAGGGAAUGGGCCGGUUUUUGAUGAGACCUUCUUCUUCAAUGUUUUUGAAUCCCCAAUGGAACUGUUUGAUGAGCCCAUAUUCAUCACUGUUGUCGACUCACGUUCCCUCCGGACGGACUCUGUCAUUGGAGAAUUCCGGGUGGAUGUUGGGACAAUUUAUGCCGAACCCAAACACUCCUUCCUUCGAAAAUGGCUGCUGCUUUCGGAUCCGGAGGAUUUUUCAGCCGGGGCUAAAGGCUACUUGAAGAUCAGCUUGUAUGUCCUCGGCCCUGGCGAUGAGGUGCCUAUGGAGAAGAAGGAAACUACAGAAGACAAGGAGGACAUUGAGGGCAACAUUCUCAGGCCGACGGGGGUGUCUCUGAGGGGGGCCCACUUCUCCCUGAAGGUUUACCGAGCAGAGGACCUACCUCAGAUGGAUGAUGCCAUCAUGGACAGUGUCAAGCAGAUCUUUGGGUUUGAGAGCAGCAAGAAGAACCUGGUGGAUCCUUUCGUGGAAGUGACCUUUGCUGGAAAAACGCUCUGCAGCAAGAUUGUGGAGAAAAACGCCAACCCUCAGUGGAACCAGAGCAUCACUCUGCCAGCCAUGUUUCCAUCCAUGUGUGAAAGGAUGAGGAUCCGUGUCAUUGACUGGGACCGGCUCACUCACAAUGACAUCAUUGGCACUAGCCAUCUAUGCAUGUCCAAGGUCUCAGCUCCUGGAGGAGAACUGGAAGAUGAGUUUCCUGCCCCUGUGAAGCCCUUCAGAGCCACGGAUAUUGAUGAUGGGCUGGGCUUCUUGCCAACCUUUGGCCCGUGUUACGUCAACCUCUAUGGCAGCCCGAGGGAAUUCACGGGAUUUCCAGACCCCUAUGAGGAGCUCAACUUGGGAAAGGGAGAGGGAGUUGCUUAUCGUGGCAGGUUGCUGGUAGAACUGGAGACCAAGUUGGUGGACCACGUUGAACAGAAGUUGGAGGACAUCCCUCCUGAUGACAUCCUGCGGGUAGAGAAGCACUUGCGCCGGCGGAAAUAUUGCCUCUUUGCUGCCUUCUACUCAGUCACCAUGUUGCAGGAUGUGGACGAUGCCAUUCAGUUUGAGGUCAGCAUUGGGAACUACGGGAACAAGUUUGACAACACCUGCCUGCCCCUGGCUUCCACCACGCAGUACAGCCGGGCAGUGUUUGAUGGCUGUCAGUAUUACUACCUGCCGUGGGGCAACGUGAAGCCCGUGGUGGUCCUCUCCUCCUAUUGGGAAGACAUCAGCCACAGAACCAAUGUGCAGAAUCGUCUCUUUGGUGCGGCAGACCGGCUGGAAGCAAACUUGGAGCUGGUCCACCUCGCCCUGAAAGCAAAGUGCUCUCCCAGCGACUUGGACACCCUCGUCACUCAGUUGAUUGAUGAGAUCAUCGCAGACUGCAGCCAGCCACUAGUUGACGUCACCCAGAAGCCUGCCAGCACUCAUUUGGACCAAUAUCUGUAUCGCUUCCGCACCACCAAUCUCAACCAGAUUGUCGAGGCAGCCUUGCGGUUAAAGCACGAAGACUCUGACUUGCAGAUGAUCCUGGACCAAGGAGAGGAUUGGCUCUCCAGGCUGAAAUCCAUGGCGGAGGAGCCGCAGAACAGCCUGCCAGACGCGGUCAUCUGGAUGCUGCAGGGGGACCGGCGGGUGGCUUACAGCCGGGUGCCAGCCCAUGAGGUUCUUUUCUCUCGGAACGGAGCCAAUUGCUGCGGCAAGAACUGUGGGAAGCUCCAGACUAUUUUCUUGAAAUGUCCUAAGGAGGAGGUGAUGGGGUCGAGGCUCCCAGCCCAGAUCCGGGUCCGACUGUGGCUUGGGCUUGCUGUGGAUGAGAAGGAAUUCAACAAGUCAGCAGAGGGAAGGCUCUCUGUCUUUGCUGAAACGUAUGAAAAUCAGACCAAGCUGGCAUUGGUUGGGAACUGGGGCACGACCGGCCUGACCUACCCCAAGUAUUCUGAUGUCACUGGCAAGAUUAAGCUGCCAAAGGACAGUUUCAAACCCUCUGCUGGUUGGGCCUGGGCUGGAGAAUGGUUUGUCAGCCCUGAGAAGACGCUGCUGUACGAUGUGGAUGCUGGGCACAUGAGCUUUGUGGAGGAAGUGUUUGAGAAUCAAGUACGCCUUCCGGGUGGUCAGUGGAUUUAUAUGGCUGAGGCCUACACAGAUGUGAAUGGAGAGAAAGUUCUACCUAAGGAUGAGAUUGAGUGUCCUCUGGGAUGGAAAUGGGAAGACGUGGAGUGGGACACAGAUCUCAACAGAGCUGUGGAUGAGAGAGGCUGGGAGUAUGGCAUCACCAUCCCACCGGACCACAAGCCCAAGUCCUGGGUGCCAGCGGAGAAAAUGUACCACACUAACCGGCGCAGGCGUUGGGUGAGGCUACGCAGAAGAGACCUUGCGCAGAUGGAGGCGAUGAAAAAGUACAAACAGGAGGAGCUGGAAGGCGAGGGCUGGGAAUACGCCUCCCUCUUUGGCUGGAGGUUCCACCUGAAAUAUCGCAAGACCGAUUCCUUCCGCCGCCGGCGCUGGAGACGUCGGAUGGAGCCCCUCGAGCAGACAGGCCCAGCAGCGGUGUUUGCCCUGGAAGGCGCUCUGGGUGGAGUGACAGAGGACAAGAACGAUGAUGGCAAAUCAGUGUCGACACUCAACUUUGGUGUGAAUCGACCAACCAUUUCCUGCAUAUUUGACUAUGGAAACAGGUAUCAUCUGCGAUGCUACAUCUAUCAAGCGAGGGAUCUGAUUGCCAUGGAUAAAGACAGCUUUUCAGAUCCCUAUGCCAUUGUCUCCUUCCUGCACCAGAGCCAAAAGACGGUGGUAGCAAAGAACACGUUGAACCCCACCUGGGACCAGACACUGAUCUUCUAUGAGAUCGAGAUCUUUGGGGCUCCCCAGAAUGUUGCUGACUCCCCUCCCAACAUAGUGGUUGAAAUCUAUGACCAUGAUACCUACGGCGCUGAUGAAUUCAUGGGACGCUGCAUUUGCAAGCUGAGUAUGGAGUGCAAGCCAAGACUGUCGUGGCAUCCCAUUGUGAGGGGCAACCGGAGUGCAGGGGAGCUGCUGGCUGCCUUUGAGCUCAUUCAGCGAGAGAAGCCAUCUGUCCACCACAUCCCUGGCUUUGAGACUGAGCUGUCGUCUGUCUUUGAUGAGUCUGCAGAUUCAGACCUGCCUUACCCUCCACCGCAGCGAGAACCCAACAUCUACAUGGUCCCUCAAGGAAUCAAGCCUGUUCUCCAACGUACAGCCGUUGAGAUCUUGGCCUGGGGGCUCCGGAACCUGAAAAGCUACCAGCUGGCCAGUGUGACCUCACCCAGUCUCCUGGUGGAGUGUGGAGGGCAGAUGGUUCAGUCCUGUGUCAUCAAGAAUCUGAAGAAGAAUCCCAACUUUGACAUUUCCGUUCUCUUCAUGGAAGUGUGCCUGCCAAGGGAAGACCUGUACAGUCCUCCCAUCAUCGUCAAAGUCAUUGACAACAGGCCAUUUGGCCGGAAGCCAGUAGUGGGGCAGUGCACCAUCCGGUCCCUGGAGCCAUUUUUCUGUGAUCCCUACCGGGAGGAGACGGUGUUUCCUGAAAUGCAAGCAGACGAAGUGAGCCUCACUCCUAGAGAUGACGUCCUCAUUGAUGUUGACGACAAAGAACCUCUCAUUCCAGUGCAGCCUGUGGACUGCUUGACCAGCUCAGCUUUAAUUAACAUGCAAACUUCUGGGGCCGAUCUCCAUGAGGAAGAAUUCAUAGAUUGGUGGAGCAAGUUCUACGCUUCCACAGGCGACCGAGAGAAAUGCGGUUCCUACCUGGAGAAGGCCUUUGACAUGCUGAAGGUCUACGAAAUGGAGUUGGAGAAUGUAGAAGACUUUGGGGGCCUCUCAGACUUUUGCCAUACCUUUAAGCUGUACCGUGGCAAGACGGAGGAUGCCAACGAAGACCCGACUGUGGUUGGGGAAUUCAAGGGUGCCUUCAAGAUUUACCCACUGCCCGAUGACCCCACGGUGCCAGUCCCUCCUCGCCAGUUCCACCAGCUUCCAGCCAGAGGCCCCCAAGAAUGCCUCAUCAGGGUUUACAUCAUUCGAGCCUUUGAUCUGCAGCCUAAAGACUCUAAUGGAAAGUGUGACCCUUAUGUGAAGAUUUCUGUGGGGAAGAAGUCCAUCAAUGACCAGGAUCAUUAUAUACCCUGCACGCUGGAGCCAGUUUUUGGAAAGAUGUUUGAGCUGACUUGUACGUUGCCCGUGGAGAAGGAUCUGAAGAUCACUCUCUACGACUACGACCUCUUGUCCAAAGAUGAGAAGAUCGGGGAAACCACCAUUGAUCUAGAGAAUCGGUUCCUCUCCAGAUUUGGGGCCCGCUGUGGCCUGCCCCAGACUUACUGCAUCUCUGGUCCUAACCAGUGGAGAGAUCAGCUGCGCCCCUCUCAGCUGCUUCACUUCUUUGCUUUGCAACGCAACUGGAAACCUCCGGUUUACAAGCCCGACCGGAUCAUCUUCGGAGAUCAAGCCUACAACCUCUUGGACUUUGAGGAUGGCAAGCCCCCCAACCCACACCUGGGGCCCGUGGAGGAGAGGCUCGCUUUGUACACUCUGCAGAAGCAAGGCCUGAUUCCUGAGCAUGUCGAGAUGAGGCGGCUCUACAGUCCCCUGCAACCGGACAUCGAGCAGGGAAAGCUUCAGAUGUGGGUGGACCUGUUUCCAAAAUCACUUGGGCCACCUGGGCCACCAUUCAAUGUGACUCCGCGCAAAGCAAAGAGGUUCUACUUGCGCUGCAUCAUCUGGAAUGCUAAAGACGUCAUCCUGGACGACCUCAGCAUCACUGGGGAGAAGAUGAGUGACAUCUACGUGAAAGGGUGGCUGCUUGGUUAUGAAGAGAACAAGCAGAAGACGGACGUACACUACAGGUCAAUGGGAGGCGAAGGGAACUUCAACUGGAGGUUCGUCUUCCCCUUUGAUUACCUUCCUGCUGAGCAAGUCUGCUACGUAGCCAAGAAGGAGCAUUUCUGGAGCUUGGACAAGACAGAGAGCAAAGUUCCUCCUCAGCUGGUCCUCCAGAUCUGGGACAAUGACAAGUUCUCUUUUGAUGACUACUUGGGCUCUAUCCAGCUGGAUCUCAACUGCAUGAUGAAGCCAGCCAAGACAGCCGAGAAGUGCACUUUGGGUCUGCUUGACAGCGUGGAGAGGAUGGUCUCACUCUUUGAGCAGAAGACAGUGAAGGGCUGGUGGCCUUGUGUGGCAGAGGAGAACGACGCAAAGAAUAUUGCAGGAAAGUUGGAAAUGACUCUGGAAAUCAUCAACGAACAAGAGCAUGAAGAAAGGCCAGCUGGAUUGGGCCGGGACGAACCAAACAUGAACCCCAAGCUGGAAGACCCGAAGCGUCCACAGACCUCUUUCUUGUGGUUUACCUCCCCCUACAAGACUCUGAAGUAUAUUCUGUGGAGGAGGUUCAAGUGGGUCUUCCUCAUCUUCCUCUUGAUCUUCAUCUUGCUGCUCUUCCUGGGGAUCUUCAUCUAUGCCUUCCCGAACUAUGCUGCUAUGAAGCUGGUGAAGCCCUUCAGGUGAACGGCUGCCAGGGAGGAGUGAGAGUCGCCUGGAAGAAAAGGGGCCACCUGCUGAGAUUGCUGAACGGGGGUGCCUUUCCCCCGUCACACUGGCAAAGGGGGAAAGGGAGAGUGGUAUUUCCCGGCAGAAAUGGUGCUCUCACCGAAAUUACCAGACGAAACCCUGGUUUUAAGACUGCCCCCACCUCACCCACUCUGCAAAUGCUGCUCAGGUGACCCUGAUGGACUGAUAUACCAACGUUGGCCUUGUUUUUUGCAUAAACCUCAGAGAAGUGGAAAACCUCCCUUUUGACCUCCCUCAGAUGCUGUCGUUGGGUGACCAUGGUGAGAGGCUGGCUGCUUCUUCCCAAGUGAUGCUGGCCCAGGAGGAGAAUGGGAUCCUUGGCUAUGGCUGUCUCUCUUUCGGCAUCAGGAAGCCUCUUGAAGAUAGGAAACAUUGCAUCAUGGGGAAGGGGAAUGGUUUUGGGCUUUGUACGCCAGAAUCCUCCCUGUCCCCAAUCCAGGUGCUGCAAGUGCUCCUGUUCACCAGGGGUAGAUUCUCUGUCUCGAUUUGGUCCCUUUUGGAGAUGCCUUAUUGAAAAUGUUGUUAGUGUGAGCUGCAAGUGUUGCUCAGAGCUCAGCCCUCUCCCCAGAAUCUCUAGAACUUCACACUCAGAUGCAUCUCUGAUGUAUCCACUGCGCAUGCCUGCGCCAAUGCAUGCACUUGAACACACUGUUUUAUAUACUGCAGCAGACGAAGUCUAUUUUGAGCUAUUGGCAAAAGAUUGUAAGGCAAUUUCAUUUUCCUUUAACCCAAAGAACAAAUACCCUGUGUUUAUAAAACUGUGGUGAGCAGGCUUGGAAAGAAUUAAUGAAAAUAGCAGUCAGAGAAGAGCAAUGUAUAAUAGUGGCUAGGUGUGUGUGUGUAUUAUGAAAAUUGAAACGCUCUAAGCAUGUUCCUAUUAUUUCACCGUUGAACCUUUGGAUGGUACCCCAAAUUCUGUGCUUCCAUCUAGGGAUGGUGGAGAAAUUCAAUUUUAUUUUCAAUUUAAUGAGGCACUAUCUAAUUUGUACUUUUUGAACCAAUACAAAUCAAAGCACACUUAUCAUUUGGGAUUUGCCCUUCUCUGAAUUUGGUAAUCCAGUUCUCCAGGCAAACAACGUAUACAAAAAAUGCAUGCAUUGGUGAAACUAACAUACAAACAUGCAUCAAGACUGGGGGAAAUAGCUUUGCAAAAAUGUAUUUAUUAAUAAAAGCUGAAUACAAAAAUGUAUACAUUAGGAGGAAUUCGCACUAAAAUGCUGAAGAAUUUUUAGGAAGAUUUUUUAAAACAAGCAAAUACCAAUUGUCAAAAUGUGAAGAACUGAAUUUAAGAUUAGAAAAAUUAGAAACAGAAACGCAAAGAUUCUUCCAUCCCUGUUCCUAAUUUUGUAAUUGUGACGGUCACUCAUUUGUUUAAAUUCUGAUCCGAGAAUUCAGAGGGUGAGAGAAUCUGAAGCAGGUGAAAGGAGCAGAAUUUGUGAGGAAAUAACAUGUGGGCAAACAAAGGCCAGAAAUAAAAGGGCCUGAAGUUCCGGCAAGGAUGUGGGCAGUGCCAGGAGAGAAUGGAGGGGAAAUGGAAGCAUUGGCAUACUCAGCAACAGGGGACAAUAAUCUCUGAUGCAGCAGAAACAAAUCUAGAGGGCCACCCAGUGGGAUGUUCUCCUGCUCAAGCUCUUGCGUUGCCCACAUUCAUUUGGGCAGGGUGUGUGGCAGAGAAUGUCCAGCUGGAUAUGCUCUUGGGAAACAGAUGAUCAGGGUUAAAAUUGCCUUAACAUUUCAAAAGCAUAUACUACGCCAUUUAUUUUGAAUGUCGCUCACAAUGAAGGAUGCUGGAUUCAGACCUUGCAAAUUAAGGAUUAAUGUUAAUAUUAGCUGAAUGGGGCUCAGGAAGAGGCUUUUUCUAAAAUGCAAAGAUGUUACCAUUUAAAAAUGUGAACGGUUUGAAAAAAAUUGCCAAAUUUGACAUUUGUGUGAAAUGCUUUUUUUGGAUCUGGCAAUUUGAACUGCUACUGCUGUUGGCUGACUGCAGGUUGGAAUCACUCAUUACUGAGGUAGCAAAUUAGAAUGUGUGUGCUCACAUGUGCUUGCACACGCAUGCGCGCAUGCACACACAGCGCCCUGACUUUUUAACUUAAAAAAAAAUUUUUAAGCAACUUCCAAGCCUCAUGACCUGCUUCAAAUCUAUCCCUGUAUGUUUUCCAGUCCAAACUCUGGUGCCCCCAACAACUGCCUUUCUUGGACCAGCAUAAAGUGGGUAGCUUCUCCUUCAUCAGCAAACCUGUAAUAACUGGGGCUGAAACAUUUGUUUUACAGUGCGAUCAUACGUAAGGUUGCAUUGUAAAACAAAUGUUUCAGCCCCAGUUAUAUGUCUGCUCAGAAGUAAGCCCCACUAAGUUCAAUAGGACUUACUCCCAGGAAAGUGUGCAUAGGAUCACAGCCUGAACUGGGUAAAUUAAUUGAGAAUCUUUCUGGUUAAUUGGGCUGCCAAUUUCAAAACUAAUUGUUUUUCUAAUACAAGUACUUUCAGAAUGCUCUGCCAGUGGCCAUUUUAGAAAAGACCUCCUGCCUUAUCUGAGGCAUGAUAGGGUGUGUGUGUAUAUCCUCUGAGGGCAAUGAAAUUUUGCUUUUUCUCCAGAACAGUUUUUAUUAUGCAAAUAUAUGUAGAUUUAUUCUGUGCUUUCAUCUAGCAAUCAAGUAAUCAAUUGGCAUAAGACUUCUUCAACUGGGUGAUAGCUGGGGAUGGGGGAGAAAUGUAAAGGCGAAUGUGAACUGAAACAGCCAUCCUUUGAAAGUCACCUUUCUGUGAACUCUGCUGUGCAACUCUCAUAAUGUCUACAAAAAUGCAUAUGCUAAAGUGUGCAUAAAAAUGCAUAUAUUAGCAAAAAUAAUAUGCAAAAUUCCAUUAUAUAAGGGAAAACUGCUUUGCAAAAAUGUUUACGCUAGUCAGAGUUGCAUACAAAAAUGAGACUGUUAGAAGAAAUUUGUGCUAAAGUGCAGAUGAAUUUUCAUGAGGACUUUUUAAAAAAUUGCAAACUGAUAAGGUAAUGUGGGGAACUAAACUUAUAGAGCCAAAAUGAGAUGGACAGUUUUACCCACCGUACUGACAGCCCCAAUAAAUGGCGAUCGUUGGAGGGAGGUGAGUGGGGGCAACACUCCUUACAAUAAAGCCAAACAGCCUACGUGAGCCCUGUUGGGCAACCCAACGUCAUCCCUUUGUGCUCAGAAUUAGUUUAUUCUCAACAUAUCCCCUGGGACCCUCAUCUUGCUUGCUCAGAGGGUUGUGUGAAUCAGCCUUCAUUCUGCUUCCUGGCCUGGGUGCUGAGGACCUGACAGGCAGAAUAGGCUUCCUGUCCUAUCCUGACAGAACAAGCCACCAUCAGUUUUGUAUUUUUGCAAUAUUAAAGAGCACCUCUGCAGGACUGAUCUUUGCUGCAACUGAGACAAACCAGAAGCAAUGAUACAAAACUGCUUUGGAGCCACCCCAGAGCUUGGGGCUCUUUGACAGGGAGGUGGCUGGGAGUUUCCUGUAUCACCUGUAUAUGCCUUCAAAGCAAUAUAGCAAUUGCAUUGUGGUUACCGUACCAAUGAAAUGCUGUUAA